AAAUACGCCUGUAUUUCACAGACCAGUUGGUGGCAGUCACGGUAUCAGCUGUAUAACAUUAGAAGUAUACCACACCUUUUCUUUGUCGGCUAAUGUAACAGCAGCAACUAACCUAUUAAUAAUAACAUUUAACGCUUUCACUCUGAAUUAAUACUUAUAUAUACUUGAAAAUGACAUCAACUAAUUUUUCGGUCGGAUUCGGCAACGAGGACAAGUCUUCAUCAAAGGUUACCAAACCUCCAGGAGGUCAAAGUAGUGAUAUAUUUGGCACUGGAAAUGAUAAUGAAGACCAUAAACCCCGUCGAGUCAAGAACUACAUGCAUUCCAGCAUCUUUGAAGCUGGUGAUGCUUCCACUAAUGUUUAUACAACCCAAGGUGGAGCAUCUGAAGGUAGUAUGUUUGGGAGUGAUGUAACAGAUACAACACCUAGAAAAGUUGUGGAUAGAAUGAAAUCAAAUGUAUUUGAUGGACCUGGACAAAUUUCAAAGCCUAGUAGUGCAAAGAAAUAUGGCCCCGUUCGUCGUAAUCCUAUAACAGGGGAGGUGUACGAUGAUACUGCUAAUGUGAAUGGACAUGCAAAUAGAACAGUAGAAUCACCAAAUCCAGUUACUGGCAGUGGAGAUCCAGGUUGUCCAGUCCAGCCAUGUGUUCGUGUUAGAAAUCCUCCUGGCGGCAAAUCCUCUGGAAUAUUCUAAAGUGUUAGCCUGCAAAAUUACCUUUGACUGACAUUAUGCCACUGAAUUGUGCUAUCUUUCCUCUUUCAUAAAAACAGUUUUGCUCAAUGUUGAUACUCACGCAUUCAAUUAAACAUUCCAGAAGUUUUCUGAAAAUCUUUCUUAAAGUUUUAUACUAAUAAAUUACAUAUUUUCUCUUGUAGAUUAUGAUUUUAUAUAAACCUAAAUGCUUUUAGCUUUUUUUGGUAAAAUAUAUUGCUUAGAGAAUUUAUUAGUUUUAAAAGCAUGUAAUUUUUAUUUCUAUAAUUCUAUUUAUUACAAUAUUUUCUAACAAGUAUCUUUCUUUUCCUUUAUUUUAUUUAGGUGUUUGAGUUAGUUACACUGCAGGUAUGUUUGUCUGAUAUCUUUCUUGCAACUCUUAGGCAUAUUAUACUUGAAACAAAAAAGUUCACUUUUAUAUUUGAACCUGAAUUCCACUGCAUUUAAAUUUUGGGUUAUGGGUAAACAGUGUAAUAUUAUUUAUCUGAAAAAAUUUCUAGUGACUUGCUUGUUGUUAACCAUAUAACAUAUUGUAAUACUUAAUGAAUAGAAAUUCCACAUUAAAAAUAAAACCAGAGCUAUGGGGCCACCAAAACACACAUGUUAGCAGCGAAGUUUCUUGUGAAGCAUUGAAUAGCUUAAGUUAAGAAAUGACAGUUUGUGAAACGUUUAUGUAUUGUACUUUUCAUUUAAAAGUGAUUGUUAUAAUUUGUUUGUACCUUAAAGGGUUUGCACUUUACAUUUUACGAAUAAAAGUUGUGGAAUAUAAA